UUAUAAAAAGAAAAGGGAAAAAAAUUAGAUCUUUGAACGACAACCUAGAAGAAUAUACACAGCAAAGAACAGGAAAAAAAAACAUGUUUUAAGAUUCGAAAUGGACGUGUCUGAGAGACACAUCCAACUAAACUAGUGGGCUAAACCACGAACAGGAAGGAACAACUGACCAAAUUGGAAACUGAGAAUUGGAGAUUAGGCAAAUUUUUUUUUGGAGAAAAGAAAGCCCCAUUGAGAAGAAAUGAAUAUUUCCCUUUAUCUGAAAGUGAAAGUGACACAGAAACUCAAAUUCAAAUAUAUAGUGGUUCGAUAAGCCCCAUUUUCCUCCUCCCACUCCCCGAAAAUCUCUCUCCUUCUCUCUUUACCUACAUAUAUAUCCAAGUUUCCAACUAACACUCUCAAAGCUUUUGGAAGCCAUGGCAACUUUUCAACUUCUCCUCUCCAUUCUUCUCACCUCAUCAAUCGCUUUCUUCAUUACAAAUGGGGAACAAAUCAUCAUAGUCAACAACUGCAACGAGAGCAUAUGGCCGGGAAUUCUCGGCAGCGCGGGGCAGAACACGCCCAAAGACGGCGGAUUCCUCCUCGGGAGCGGCCAGGAGGUAGUCAUCGACGUGCCCGACAAGUGGUCGGGGAGGAUAUGGGGAAGACAAGGCUGCAACUUCGACUCCAACGGUAAAGGCUCGUGCAACACUGGCGACUGCGGUGGGCUACUACAUUGCCAAGGGGUUGGGGGCGAGCCGCCAGCCACGGUGGUGGAGAUGACGCUCGGCUCAUCGACAUCGCCGCUCCAUUUCUACGAUGUGAGUCUGGUGGACGGGUUCAACUUGCCUGUGUCGAUGAAGCCGGUCGGGGGAGGGGUUGGGUGUGGGGUGGCGUCUUGUGAGGUUGAUGUGAACAUUUGCUGCCCAUCGGCGCUGGAGGUGAGGAGAGGGGGCAAGGUGGUGGGUUGCAAGAGUGCUUGCUUGGCUAUGCAAUCGGCCAAGUAUUGCUGCACAGGAGCUUAUGCAAAUCCAAAUACUUGCAAGCCAACUCUGUUUGCUCACUUGUUUAAAGCCAUAUGCCCCAAGGCUUAUAGCUACGCUUAUGAUGAUUCCUCAAGCCUUAACAGAUGCAGGGCUUCUCGUUAUGUCAUUACUUUUUGCCCUCCUCAGUAGAUGCCUUUCAGCCUUCAAUAGCUCUUCUACUUUUAGUUCAGUGCUAUGCUAUUGUUUCUCCUAGCUUGUCAAACUGUAAUGAGAAGAUCCUUCUUUCAAUGGAAGAGAGAAUUUUCGUUUGUUUACAACUGUAAAGUUCUGCUACUUUUUCUAUUCUAAAUGAAGUUUGUUUAGGAGCAGUGGGUUUUAA